UCGUGUUGGGCCGGGUCAUUCACCCCAACCCAGCAGCGAUUUCACCUGCAAUUACCAGAAACAGAGCGGAAAAGAACAGAGAGAGAGAGAGGAGGAGGAGGAAGCUAGCGAACUACAGUGUCAAACCAGAAACAGAGCUGUAAAAUCAAGAGAUAUAUCCGAUCUAAUUGAAUCAAACGACACAGAGAAGAAAAACGAUAAAGAUGUUGCCUACAACUUCGAAAGGUCGAACGAGCUCUAAUGUCCGACCCAAUUCAGUAUUGCCUCAGUACCUUCGCAAAAUUAUCAAGUGGCAACAGAUGGACGUCGAAUAUACCUUUUGGCAAAUGCUUCAUCUAUGCACCUCCCCUAAAGUAGUAUAUCAGCACACAAAGUACCACAAGCAAACAAAGAACCAGUGGGCACGUGAUGAUCCUGCGUUUAUUGUUAUAUGCACUCUUCUGUUGGUGGUUGCUACUCUAGCAUACUGUGCAGCGUAUGAUCAUAGUGCAGGACAUGCUGUUUUUGUAGUUAUCUCAGUAUUGCUUUUUCAUUUUAUACUCACUGGAGCUACUUUGGCAACAUGUUGCUGGUUCCUAACCAACAACUACCUUCGAGAGGAAGCUCCAAGCAGCCAUGCCGUGGAACAGCGGGUAGAAUGGCAAGUUCAGAACCUCUCCAUAACAAACUCUUCAUAUACUCUGUUGUAUACGUUUGAUGUCCACUGCAACUCUUUCUUCCCUAUGUUUGUUUUGCUUUACGUCAUACAUUAUUUUCUCUCCCCUGUUUUGGUAGCUCAUGGUUUCAUUCCUGUUUUGCUGUCAAAUUUGCUCUUCAUGGUCGGAGCUGCCUAUUAUCAUUACCUCAACUUUCUAGGUUAUGAUGUAUUGCCCUUUUUGGAGAAGACAACAUUCUUCCUGUAUCCAAUUGGCAUUGUUAUCGUCCUUUCACCCAUCUUUAUUUUGAUUGGCUUCAAUCCAUCAAGACACUUCAUGAAUAUCUACUUCAGCAGAGUGUUAUGAACUCAAGCUAACACUGGAUGAGGACAUGUUAGGAUGAAAGAUGCCUUCAGACAGGUCGUGAAUAGGUCAUUAUUGAAAUCAUUUGCAGAGGCUUUAAUUGUUAAUGUGAUUGGGGAACGUUUGUUUAGUAUCUCUGGGUAGGUAAUUUUGAUGUUACGAAUGAGAAAUAUAUCUGACGGGAGCCUUAUUUGUAUGUCAGCUAUAAAACUUCACCCGAUGAGUUCAUUUAAUGUAAAGAUUUUAUUUCUGAUUUGUUGAA